AAUGCAAAUUCGUAAUUAUAGGGUAUAUCACCUUUGAACUUGUUUUUGCGUUGCAUAUAUAAUUGAAAAAUUCUAGGCACGCAGUUAGUCACUGGUCAGAUUGUGAGCACUAAACACUAAUUUCGGUAGUUCGGUGACGUACGUUUUAGUAAUACUGUGUUACUGUGACAAAGAAAAAGAAAUGGAAAAUUGCGUAAUCGUAAAUUAUGUUAUGCUGUCGAGUAAAAUUUUGGUGCCUGAGGAGUGGCCGAUUCGCGAAUUCAAGGAACCGCUAAUGUCAUUAGCUGAAAGCGUGAUUAAAAAGGCUUAUCUCUAUCAGAUAGUCGUCCUACGAGUAAACGAUUUACCUACAAUGUUGGUCCAAUACCAAAAUGCAAGUGGAACUUACUACGUUUUCGAAAAAAUCUCCGAUUACGAACUAAUAAGGGACGCACACAUCAUUGAUGUUGUCUUUACUGAUAGCACGAUGAUGAAUAAUCCCAUGAAGGCUGAUGCUUCAACUUUUGGAAAUUCUACAGCGCGAACAAUUAACGGAAAUACCAAUAAUGAGAUACCGGAUAAUACCUACGUUAUUUGUACGGAUCAAAACGAUCAUAAAACAACGCAUUACAUAACGCCAGUGAGACAAUUGUGAGUUACAUUUAUAUAGAAUUAAAUCACAAUAUUUUUCGGGUAAGAGGCUAAAUUAAAUUCCUAUUUUCAGUGGACAGAUGAUGCGCCUUGUGAAUCUAAGAGAUAUAAAAUUGAGGCGCUGGCUAGCACCUGGCUAGUUUGCCUAGAAAUUAAAUAAAAAAUGGCGAUACUAAAUCCCAUGAUUCUUAAUUAUAAGUUAUAUAUUGACUAAAUACAAAUAAACUAUUAUAAAUUUAAUUACUAAUUUUAAAUAUAAUAGUUAUUAAUAAUCAGAAUAAUUUAAAAAUUUUUUAUUUAACAUUCUUUUAUUUAAACUUUUUUAUAAAACGAAUAUUAUAAAAAAUAACACAAUACAAAUUAUUUAUUUUUUUAAUGUUUCAAAAUUUGAAUAUUUUGACUUCAUCAGCAUCUGGCAUAUUUUCAAUGCUAAAAGACAUAUUGCACUUAUUUAAAAAAGUUUUUGCUCA